AAAAUAGAUGACACAACAUUCCUAUACAUAAUUUUUUUCAAAAAAUUUAGCUAGAAAGCCAAAAUUGUUGACCUUUAUAAAUAAAUUGUUUAUCUUGCAAAAAUGUGUAAACAACUAAUUAAAAAAUAAAAUAAAAAAAAUAACAAUGAACGACGAAGAAGGGUUUAUGGAUAGUAGCACGUUGAGUUGCUGAAUUGGAGAAAAUGUUGCUUCGGCGAUUGCCCUGGAUGGCGGUUUCAGCUGCCAAACCACUUCCAUUGCAUUCAUUCAUCGGAAUUUUCACUCCCAUUCCAAACAAACUCACUUUCCCCCCUUUAUCCUUCUGCAGCUCCACUUCCGAACUCAACAAUCUCACUCACCAUCCUCAGGAACACGAAACAGAUAAUCGUCGCCCGCAGCAUCUGAAACCUGGUCUUUAUCUCGUUGGAACACCAAUUGGAAAUCUUGAAGACAUCACCUUCAGGGCUCUCCGUGUGUUGAACGCUGCAGAUGUUAUACUAUCCGAAGACACGAGGCACUCUGGGAAAUUGCUUCAUCAUUACAAUAUUAAAACACCUCUUAUGAGUUAUCACAAAUUUAAUGAAUCACAAAGGGAACAACUUGUGCUCAGGAGGUUGAAACAAGGUGAAAUUGUGGCACUUAUAAGUGACGCUGGAACUCCGGGUAUCAGUGAUCCUGGCAUGGAGUUGGCCAAAUUAUGUGUUAGUGAAAAUGUUCCUGUCGUUCCAAUCCCUGGGCCAUGUGCUUUGGUAUCUGCUCUUUCUGCCUCGGGUUUAUCAACCGAUGAAUUUACAUUUGUUGGUUUUCUUCCAAAACAUUCGGGAUCAAGAAAGAAAAGGCUCAUGGCUUCGGCGGAGCAGACAGCAACACAAAUAUUUUAUGUCCCCCCUCACAAGCUUUCUCAGUUUCUUGAAGAGGGUUCGUCAAUUUUUGGUGAUACAAGGAGAUGCGUGAUUGCUCGAGAAAUGACCAAGUUUCACGAAGAGUUUUGGCGCGGUACUCUCGAUGAAGCCACCAAAGUAUUUUCUAUUCGUCAGACAAAGGGAGAACUUACUAUAUUGAUUGAAGGGCAAGCAAAUUCUAAAGUUGAACCGCCGUCAGACAUCGAGCUUGAGAAUGAACUAAGAGAAUUAAUUGAAAACGGCGAGAGUCUUUCCACGGCUGUCAAAUUGGUUACUGAAAAAACUUCCAUGAGUAGAAAAACUAUAUAUUCACUCGCGUUAAGAAAAUUUGGGAAGCAACUUGAAGUGGAAGAUGAUUCAAGUUAGUGGCAGAUUCUUCCGGAGGGAAGUUGGCAAACAUGAACAUCCAUUCCAGAGAAGUGGACCCUGGAAACAGCUGCUUGUAUGUGGACAAGACAACCAAAUGAGACGGGCGGUCGGGAUCACGGGUGCUACACUGAAACAUGUCAUGUGUAUUGUUAUCUCCCCUUCCCUCCAAAAAAGGUCCCACGUUUCUCUUCAAUCACCUUGAUAACAAAUUAACAAUAACUCAACUCCAUAGUCCAUCCAUCCCAAUAAUCUCAAGAUAGCAACGCCUCAACUACCCUCUUGCACAUGCCACCCCACCUUUGGAAGAAAAAAACAACAACCCUGUUGCUGUGAUAUAUAAUCCUUCUAAUUCCUAAGCAUUAUUGUACACCACUGUUUAUUGCUGAAUAAUUAAUUAAUUAAUUAAUUAAUUAAUUAUCCACUUUAUUUAUCUUAUUUACACUUGGGUCCUUCCAAAUUUGUUUUGUUUGCUAUGCUGCAUUGAUUCAUUACAUGUCAUCCUUAGUGAUGACGGUGGAAGGUUGAACAAAAUCAAAUAUACGUUGGCCAGUUGCUAAGAUUCGGCGAGGGUCGAAUUGCAUCUUCAUGGCAUUGAAUUGGGUCCACUUAUCUCCAAAGUGGUCCAUCCAAUCCUGUAAUGUUGUGUAAUGGGGCAGGUACUGUUUCACCUUCAUCUCUGAAUCAUGGCAGAAUCUCAUAAUCUGACGGUUCUCAUUAGUCAGGUAUUCCAGUGUCUCAGCAUCCAAAGCUGAUCUCAGAAAUGCCACCAGGUAAAACACCUCCUCGUCUGGUGUCACCACCGAGCUCCGAUGGUCCCACCUAAACACCAAAAUCUAUCUCAUUAAAAUCAUGUUUUGGAUUUUUCUUUUCAUACAAGCAAUGAAUGAUAUGCAAAACGGUAGUAGAAGACAGUAGUUGUACAUUUACUACUCACUACGUUGUUAACAAAUGGUUUGACUUGUCAGGCCAACGUGGCAUCUGCAUGUUUUAUUUUUAUUUUUUUAUACAAAGGAAUUUUUUUUCCUCAGAUUUCUUUAUACUACACCAGAGGGGAGUGUAUAUAUUUAAAUCUCUUGUGAAUAUUUCCUUUAUACAUGUGUUUUUAAAUAAUGUAGGAGUUUGAUAAUUCCUCAGCCGACAACAAAAUGUAGAAAAAGAUAAAUUACUGUAUGAUUUAUGUAUUCAUAUACUGACAUGGACAUUGGUUGUUGGGUGCACAUACAGUGGUGUCAAGGGAACUAGGUUUUAGUAGGAAGACAUCCCUACCAUUCCAUUUCCAGGAGUAGGUCCCAAUCCAAGAUCUUCUGACAGCAGAAUCUUCCCAUUUGGAUGAUCAUGGCCGUCUGUUUUUUGUUUGCUUCUGGUCUAAGCAAAGGGAAAGAAAAAGAGCAGCAUUUCCUAGCUGGCAUAUUGGUACAGAUUUUCUUUACAACACUUGUAUCUUAAUUUAAUCUCUUCCUACUACAUGCACAUAUUGCUGUGCAUUUGUUAUUGUUCAUUUCCACUUGGAUAAGUAUUCUUUAGUCCAAGCUACAGCUUAUUCUUUUAUCAAGUGAGCUACAUAGUUCUUCA